CAAAACAACAAAACAAACAACUCUUACUAUUGGUUCCCCAACUAAUGGUUGUCAUUUUACAAUUUGCAAUCGAAUAAAUGAUUGUGAAAAAUUAUAUUUUCAUCAAAUAUCACUACAUGAAGAUCAGAGAUUGUAAAGUAAUGCAAUAUUCACCCUUAUUUACUAAAUGAAAUGUAAAAAAAUAUGACGGACAGAGCGAUAGCAUCCCGCCCUAGUCUUGAACAAGUCGUUGCAAUAGUAGAUUUUAUGGAAAAGCAUCCAGCUUUAGCACUUGGGCAAUUGAGAGGCUUGGAAGGACGAGAUGAGAGCAAAAAGCUCUGGUUUAAAUUGACAAGAAUUGUAAAUAACAUUACUGGACCAACAAGACCUAUGAAGUCAUGGAUUAAAUAUUGGGCUGAUAAAAAAUCAACUGUAAGAUCCAAAGUGCAAUCUGGUGGAGGCGAUCCCAAUACUCUAUGUUCUAAUAUAGAAAAGAAAAUAUGGGAUUUGUUCUUAGCAAACGAUGGAGGAAAUAAAAAUCGUAAUUCAGUGAAGCUAGAAUCACACUACAUGGAAGAGGCAUUUUAUAAUGACGAUGAUAAUAUGGACCAGAACCAUGAGAGUGACCCAGUUAUUAAUUUUGAGGAACCAACUGUCGACCUUGAGGAGAGAACCAUGGUUGUAAUGGAGAAAUUGGUAAAAUCAAUGGGUGAGCAAGCGACAGCGAUGUCUCAGCUGGCACAAGCGUCGCAGGCGCACGCGCAGGCUAUGGAGCGACUGGCUGAGGCUUCGCAGAUACAAGCUCGUGCGAUAGAACGCCUAGCAAACACGUUCGAGACCAUAAGUGCGGCGACACACGACGUACGAAAUGCAAUAGUCGAUAUAGACUCAACCAUGAAGCGGUUCUACACAACGUCACCCACCUAGCACAGGUAUAUUCAGUGAAGCUUUGUGAAGUGAUAUCAUUUAGUAGAGGGUGACUUUAUAUCCCUGAAGAAAAGGAUAUAAUAAUUUAACGCUUACCUUAAACGUGUACGCACGUCUGAACAAAGUUGCAUGUGCGUAUCACUAGUGAACUUCAAACAAUGUAGCCGUCAAUCAUUUUCGUGGCGGACUAUUUUAUACGUUAUGUAACAAAAAUAUUCGUACAUAACUUGAAUGGAUUUCGACUUACUUAUUAUCGAACUGGAAUGAUUUGGAAUGGACUUUACGUCCGUUAAGUACCUAAUAUUCAUGUUCGAUGUUCGCGUUCUUUCUUGAGUACCCGGCUAUCACUCUCCAGCUGUAUAAUAUUAGUAUAGAAUUAUAAUAUUAACAUUUUAUAUAUUUGUUGUUUUAUAUCUUAUUGAAGUUUCAGUUGAAUUAACUAAAAUAAACGAGAAUGUAAAAUUGACAAACGACUGAUUUUUUAUGUAUUCAAAAUUAUCUUUAUACUCUGUGCGCUCAGUAUCUAUGGUAACAAAAGAGUAACAAAU